UUAAAAAUGAGAACACUAGUGCUUGCAAUUCAGUACAGAAGUAGUAUUUCAAGCUAAUCGCACGUAUUGCUGGAGAUGGUUGAACAGGUUAAUUUCGCCGAAGUGUUUCUGAGUGAUACACUCGGAGCUGGAGCCUGUGCAGUGGUGCGCAAAGGUAUCUUUAAGGCCCAAGAAGUCGCGGUGAAGGCGUACAAUUUACAGGUUCAGACCGUUAGGAAAAAUGCAGAAAGGGAAAUUCAAUUACUGUCGGAGAUUGACCACGAAAACGUUGUCAAGGUUUUUGGCACGGCACGCGAUGGAGAGACAGGGUACUUGCUAAUGGAAUAUCUGCAGAAUGGUUCCCUCUACGACUUUCUUUACGGCGUUGAUCAGUGGGAGUAUACUGUGGGGCAGGCUGUGCGAUGGGCAUUCCAGUGUGCCAAGGGCCUAGCCCACCUACACUCGAGGGAACGACCUUUGCUACAUCGCGAUAUAAAGCCGCAGAAUCUUAUACUGGAUAAUCAGUUUGAAACCCUGAAGAUUACGGACUUUGAUCUGGCGACGGAUAUGUCCAAUAACAGGUCUGAUAUGCGAGGAUCUGCAAGGUAUAUGGCCCCAGAAGCAUUUCGGGAUAGAAAGUAUACGGAUAAGAGCGAUGUGUACAGUUUUGGCAUAGUGCUUUGGGAGCUAAUGGCGCGUUCUUUGCCCUAUGAGCACUACGAGAAUAUCGGUAAUCAAUUCGCUAUUUUGAAAGCCGUAAACGAUGGAGAAAGACCUCCCUUGGACGCAGUGCGAUCCGAUUGCCCAGAGGGCAUCAAGCAAAUGAUAAAACGUUGCGUGCAUGAAGAUCCCGAAAAACGACCCUCUAUGAAGGAGAUCGAAGAAUUCCUGGGCAGACUGUGCGAAACCGGGAUUGACGAGGUCUUCACCGAAGUUCUGGACGAGGACACCACUGCCGUGGUGACCUAUCACCAGGAUUCGUCCGGCCAAAUGAUGAUGCGCGUGGACUUCUGGCGACUUCUGGGAGAACCGAUCCGUAUGAUCUUUCCGAUUGUAAAGCGGGAAGCGGGGCGAAUAGAAGAGGUCAUUGCUCGCGAGACGGUUCGAGCUGCCGAGGAUGUGGGCAGGGAGACGGCCAGGGCGGCCCAGGAUACCGAGCGGGAAACGAGACGGGCGGAGAAGGAUGCCGAGCGGGAAACCUCGAGGGCUGCGCACGAUGGAGAGCGGGAGACGAGGAGGGCGGUCAAGGAUGUGGGUCGCGAAUCCAAACGGGCGAUCAAGAAAAUGGGGAAGAAGCUGCGCUUCUAACCAGAAAUAUGAUUA